ACCUUGUGUUCUGACUGCAUAUGCAUUAAAUCUGCACUGAAGAAGUAAGCUUCAACCACAACAUUAAAUCUUGGAGCUGGCACAGUUGGUCUAUUCCUGACAGAACCAUGAAGAUGACAUCUCAGAGACAUGCCCGUUAUCUCUCAAUUGAUCUGGACAACGAUGUUACCCUGGUUUUCCGUAAGCCUAGUUGGCAGCUCAGAGCCAGCCUUGCCUCUGUGUUGAUCACCCCUGUCCUCUACCAACUCUACCUCAUUAUGGUCACCAUCAGAUACAUACUCUUCUUACAAACUUUUUCCUCUCCCCCACGUCCUGCUUGCCCUGUGGUUGACUUGAGUUGGACUGGAGUGUUUCCUUGUGAGCUGGGAUGGAGGGGGAGUGCACUGGCCGUUCUCAUUAUGUCAGCUGUGCUUAUCACCUGCUACUCACUCAUCACUGCCUGCUUGGUGAGAUGGAACCCUCGGAAACAAUGGAACUCAACCACAUCAGAAAAGCCGACCAAGUUCCAAGUGAGAGUUCAGAGCACUAAUCGACUGAUGUUGCCCCCCACUCUCAGUCUGUGUAUACUGUUACUGAUAUUCCGCUUACUGUUACAGUCAGGAGAUGUUGAAGCAAACCCUGGACCAACGCUUACCUCAAUUCUGACUCUCCGUGAUUUGAAUUCUGUUUACAAGAACUUGAUAAAAGCCGCUGGAAACUGGUUCAACUUGGGACUUGAUCUGGGAUUAGGCUUUGACAUCCUUAAUAAUAUCAGUGAUAAACAUCGAGACAAUCAAACCUGUCUACGUGACAUGAUAGCUGCUCGCUUGAAGACUGGCCCUCUUACCUAUUCUGAAAUAUGUCAGAGUCUCAGAGCAUCAACAGUUGAUCGAAAUGAUGUCGCUGAGGCUAUAGAGGGGACAUGUACAGAUGAGGAUACUUCACAUAUGAAGCCGAAAUUGUCCACAACGACUCCUGAACCAACCAAAUCCAAAUCCGAUAAUCGUUCCACCAUCCAACCAGAUGAAGCAAUAGGAAUUUAUCGAUCAUACUUAACUAGUAUUUACGAUACAAGAUCCCUCCCUGCUGAUGACAAAUAUCCUCUCCAGUGCGUUAAGCAUUUUGUUAACCUAACAUGUGCUGAUGUAAGUAAACAUUUAUCCAGAGAGGAAAUCAAAGAGUCUUGGUCAGAAAUAGUUCAAGGCAAGCUGGAUAAAUUUCCAAGAGAGAGAAUCACAAUGGACCAGAUAGUUUCCAAAGUAGAGGGCAAAUUCUCUAAACUAGUUGUCAUUAAAGGGGCUCCUGGAGGAGGUAAGACGACUUUGUCAUGGGAGCUGUGCAGACGAUGGGCUAAUGGUGAAGUUUGGACAGAGUACUCCCUCGUUGUAUUGCUCCGACUUCGAGAUGAGAAUAUUCAGGAAGCUGUAGAAUUAGUCGAUCUAUUUCAAUGUGAAGAUACUGAUGAUUCCAAAAGUGUUUAUUCUAUUAUCCGAAAGAACCAUGGGCAGGGCAUACUUUUCAUUUUGGAAGGCCUGGAUGAAUUGACACCAUCCCUUAGAGAAAAAGACUCCAUAUUUAUGAAGCUAAUAACCGGACGUCUUCUGCCAGCUAGUACCGUUCUUGUUACCACUAGGCCCUGGGCUGUAUGCGAUCUACCUGUUACUUGUAGCUCAAGAGUUGAUCAGUUCAUCGAAAUCUUAGGUUUUUCUGGCGAACAAAUUAAAGAGUACAUUGAUCUAAUGAUCAAAAAUCGAGAGGCUCCACCAGAACUACGUGAAUACAUUAACUCUAAUCCACAUAUAUCUAGUGCAAUGUAUAACCCUCUUCAUGCCAGAAUUGUAGUUGAUGUUUACAAAAAAAAUUGUCACAAAAAAAGCAGCGUCUUUCCUAGCACAACAACUGAACUAUACACUGCAUACUGUCAAGUUUUAAUUGAAAGAUAUUUACAUGACAAACCAGAGAGUGAUUGGAGUGACGAGCUUAGUGAGUUACCUUGGUCACUUCAGGUACAUUUUGAUAAACUCUGCCAAAUUGCGUACAAUGGAAUAACAAAAGAAAAACAACAGUUGGUUUUUUUCAAGGAAGAUGUUGUUGAUACUAACACACUUGGAUUCAUGAACAGUGUACAUCCUUUAUAUAAGAAAAGCAACAGUUCUCCAUCUUACAAUUUCCUUCAUCUAACACUUCAAGAGUUCCUCGCUGCAUUUUACGUCUGGAAAAAUAACACCCCACACGAGCAGUUGAUCUUGUUUGAAACAAAGACUGAUGAUGGAUCAUACAAGAUGAUUCUAUUGUUUUUAGCUGGAUUGACUAAACUGAAUGACCCAUGGACACAGUGUGUACUUUCAACUCCUUUUGUGUACUAUGAGAAAGGAUCGUCAAAAGCCGAGAGAAUGUGUAGUAGAUUCUCAAGUGAUCGAAUUCUUUGGAUCUAUGAAAGCCAAAAUGUGCAAGCCAUGAAGGACAUGUAUUGUAAUGUGCUGUAUAUACUACUGCUAUAUUAUGAGACAAUUGAUCAUUUUGCACUUGGUUAUGUUGUAGCUUCUGCUCAUUUCAAAGUAACUGUAAUGGACAUGUUCACGUUUAAUGAAAAUAAUGUGGAUGGAUCAAUGAUAUUAGCAGGAAUCAACAAAGUUUUGCCUUCUUUUACUCUAAGUGUAAGGCAUCUGACAAUGUCUACCACAUUCAAGAUUCCAUCUGCUUGGCAUACACUCACUGAUAGGAUACUACCAGAAUUAGAAAGCGUCACUAUCAGUAUUGACGAUAUAUUUGAUGGGCCUGAGGUUCCAUGUACAUUAAAAAUAUUUGACACUAUACAGCUAUCUCCAAACUUAAGUGUUGUAGAGCUAGAUUUUGGCAUCUCAAGAGACACUGUGAUACGAAUACUUGAUAUUUUGAAGCCAAAACACUGCUUGAAAGUUUUGAAAUGUGCUCAAGUAUCGCCAGCUGAUGAAGAGUUGUUGUCUGACUUCAUUGCACAUUCUAGUAUUGAAAUGUUGGUGAUACAUUUGGUUCGAGCGCUUUCUAUUGGUACCUCACCCAUCACAGAUGCUAAACAUUGGUGUAUUUCAAUUGAAUUGAACGUGACUGAGUUAAAAAGGAACAACACGAAAAUCUUGCCACAUUUGCUGUCUGAAAUUUCAUUUACCAAUAACGAUCCAAGAAGAAUGUUUACAAAAAAAGAGUCAAAAACCAAAAACUUAAUUUCAAUAUUAAGCCACUGGAAACUAAGCUUACAAUAUCUGCGAUGCUCUUCCCAUCUUCACUUGACUCCCACACAAUCUGAGCAGCUUUUUAGUACUCUACUCAAUUGUCCGAUACUUAAAGAACUCGAUAUCCAAAGUGAAAUAAAGGGCCGAUUUGAAUAUUUCUGUACCCCCCUGCAGCACUUGCAAUCACUAACUUUGGAUUGUCGUGAUAAUGCCUGUGAAGUUUUACGUUCUCUCAAAGACAAUCGAUUACAUUCCAUUAAAAGCCUUAAACUGAUAUGUAACUUUGACUGCUUUUUUGAUGAAGCUAUUGGUGAGUAUCUACAGACUGACACAUCUCUAGAGGAAUUGACACUGCAUUAUAUUGAUUUCGAAAGUAGCCCGAGUCAUUUAGAGCAGGGACUGCAAGUUAACACAUGUCUAACUAAGCUAACUAUUUUACCUCAUAUUAGUUAUGAUGAAUCGCUUGAUUAUGAUUAUGGUUUCGAAACGGUUGAACUGGCCCAAAUGUUUCAUACAACUCUACAAUUCAUUGAACUUAUGUUUUGUAAGCAGUUUCCACCGGAUCUACUACCCGUUUUGGAAGCAUUGGGAGAAAACAAUACAGUUAAACACCUGAAACUCCGUCUGUGUGUGCCACCAUUAGAACAUUUUAUACCGUACACUGUUACCACUGAAGAGGCUGAAGCUGUUGGUAAUGUGUUAGCCAAGAACAAGACUCUAGAGGUGUUUUACCUCAAUGUUGAGAUCAUUGAGUGCUCCCCAAUUGUCAGGGGGCUGUUUGAAAACAAAACACUGAAACAAUUCGGCACUUCUAAUAAUACAAAAAAAAACAUUGUCACAUGUCCCGAGUACAUUGAUGUCAGACAAAGAAUUGUGUUUAUUUAGUAGUAUGUAUGACUCCUGUUUUAUGUUAUGGUCUAGUUUGUAUACUAAAUCUUAUAAGUCUUCCCAAUCGGUGGCUAUCUUUCUUAUACAUGUACAGUAUAUUUUUGUGUACCAUUGGGCAGAGAGUAUAAACUCUGUACAAUAAUUAUACACUCCAUAAUUAUUUAUGUCUCUAAUAGCAAUUGUUUUUGAUCG